GGAUGUUGUAGUGGAGACGGUUCCGUGUCGCUUUGUAUUGACGUCCUCAGGAGUCUGCUGGUUUAUCAGCGCGGUGCUCCGAGCUGGAGGGACGGGAGCCUGCGGGUCACGUAGAGGAUGACGACCGCAGCGAGGCCGACGUUUGAGCCAGCCAGAGGUGGCCGAGGGAAAGGAGAAGGGGACCUCAGCCAGCUCUCCAAGCAGUACUCCAGCCGGGACCUCCCGUCACACACAAAGAUCAAGUACAGACAGACCACCCAGGAUGCCCCCGAGGAGGUGAGAAGCCGCGACUUCAGGAGAGAACUAGAAGAAAGGGAACGUGUUGUUGUCAGAGAGAAGAACAGGGACAGACCACCGAGAGAGCACACGUCAUCUGUGUCCAAGAAACCGCGUCUGGACCAGAUCCCUGCCGCCAAUCUAGAUGCUGAUGAUCCACUGACGGAUGAAGAUGAAGACGAGGAUUCCGAUGAAGACAGCGACGAUGACACCGCAGCACUCCUGGCAGAAUUGGAAAAAAUCAAGAAAGAGCGGGCAGAGGAGCAGGCCCGCAAGGAACUAGAGCAGAAAGCUGAAGAGGAGAGAAUCCGAAUGGAGAACAUUUUAAGCGGCAAUCCCCUACUGAACCUCACCACGCCCGCCGUGUCUCAAGCAAGUUUUAAGGUGAAACGAAGGUGGGAUGACGAUGUGGUGUUUAAGAACUGCGCCAAGGGCGUGGAUGAGAUGAAAAAGGAGAAGAGGUUUGUUAAUGACACGCUGCGCUCCGAGUUCCACAAGAAGUUCAUGGAGAAGUAUAUUAAGUAGUACAGUUUUAUGUGCUCUGGGCAGAAGACGAGGAGGUCUCACAUUCCCCCCCCCAACGACUGCGGACAUCAUUUGGUGGUCAUGUGAUGGGGAGCGUUCAGGGGCACCUGUCAUGUCGCCCCCUGUCUUGUACCUGCAUGUUCUAUGUGAAUAAAACCCUCAUUGUUUCUUUUUUUUUUUUACUCUUUUUGUUUUUAUUCUAUAUGAAGAUCCCAUAGAGAUUGAUGUGUUCUAUUAAACUCAUUGUGUUGCUGUCAUCUGCUCUGGUGGUGUUAUUCAGUCCUGCUGAAAGGUGCACAUGUAAUCCCCCUCUACCCAAAUAAUCUACCCUGGCCAGUGAUGCCCCAAUGUGUGCGGCCAGGUGCCAGAGAGAGACAACCAAACUGCCGGAGGGCUGUAGUUUUAUAUCUCUCCCCACUGUUAAGGGGGCGCUGCAGCCUCCAGUCACCUUUAAUCUGACAUCUGAUUAUCCGGUGCCUAUGAUUAAAAGGAAUGUGUCAUCAGAAAAAGACCCGUUGUUGAAAUAAAGAUGUUAUGUUAAACAA